AUGGUAUGCUCGGUCACCAGAAGAUCGGAUGUGAGCACAAAUGUCAGAAUAAGAACAGCCAAGGAACGUGGAUUUGAUCCUCAACGCGAUCCACGAAUUCUUCUUCAAUAUAUUCAAGACGCGCCUCGUUCCGGACGACCCAGAGAAAUAACUAAUUCUAUGGCGAAUCAGCUUAUUGAUAUGGUCUGCGAGAACCGGGCUUCUCAAUCACGAACGUGUGAGAUGAUGGCGUUUGAACUAGGUGUUUCAACAAUAUCAGUAUACCAUGUUUUGAAGAAAUAUGGCUUCAAAUCAGUCAAGCCCACUAAAAAGCCUAGUCUAACCCCCGAAAUGAAGAAACAACACCUGGAAUUCUGCCUCUGGUUCAAGGAACGUAUACAGAACGGUGGAUUAAAAGACCUCAUCUUUACAGACGAAACUGCAGUCUGUAUAGGCCAGCGCCGUGGCGCCCAAAGAAUCUGGCGCCGUACUCACGAGAAGUAUGAAGCCUCAUAUAUUCAACACCGCUGGAAAAGUAAGACAGAUUUCAUGGUCUGGGAUGCUUUUUCAUAUAAUCAAAAAGAUCCUAUACAUAUCUUCAAGCCUGAAACUGCCAAAGAGAAACAGGAAGCUGAGAAGGAAAUCCAGACUUUAAAUAAGGAAUACAAGACAGAAGAAACACCAGGCCGGCAGCCUGUUUGGCGGUUUACUGAGGAACGAGGUAAGCUUGUUCGGCGAGGAAAGGGUGGAAUCAAUUGGUAUUGA